ACCACGAACACGAGCGUGGAGUUACGGAAGAAUGACUGCUGACAACUGCUCCACAAAGACCGCCCCCUCGACUAUGGACCCGCACCGGCAUUUCCGGGUGCUCCACAAUCCCCGCCCCUUCCUGCGCGGCGGGCCAACCGCCGCCCGAGGACCCGGGAAUGCCGGAAGCAGCGCGAGGUGAGCCCUCGCCCCCCCCAUCUCCCAGGAAAGGAUGGCAGACCUCCACCGCCAGCUGCAGGACUACCUGGCGCAGGGGAAAGCGAGCAAGCCUGCAGAUGCGGAGCCGCUGCUCACCUCGGGGGCGGCGGAAGCGCCCGCGAGUGGGAACGGACAGGCGGGGGCGUGGCUCGGCCGCGCAGGCCUGCGAUGGACGUGGCCGCCGGGCCCCGCGGAGCCCGCGCCCGGGCCCGGAUGUUUGCCGAGCGUGACGCGGGGGCAGCGCUGGGCGGCAGGCGGCGGCUGCCUGCUGCUGGCCGCACUCUGCUUCAGCCUGGCGGCACUCUACGCACCCGUGCUGCUUUUGCGCGCUCGCAAGUUCGCACUGCUCUGGUCGCUAGGCUCCGUGUUGGCGCUAAUCGGCGGGGCGCUGCUGAGAGGCGGCGCGGCGUGCAGGCGCCUGCUGCGCGGCGAGGAAAUGCCGUCGCGGCCCGCGCUCCUGUACACUGCGGCGCUGGGCGCCACGCUCUACGCCGCGCUGGGCCUGCGCAGUACGCCCCUCACGGCGCUCGGCGCUUGCGCGCAGGUGGCCGCGCUGCUGUAUGCGCUGUUGGGCCUGAUGCCCUGGGGCGGUGCCGCCGCGCUGCGCCUGGCGGUCAGUCGCCUGGGCAGCGGCACGGGCCUGGCCGGCGCGCUGCCAGUGUGAGCGCGCCGGACCCGCCGUCUCCGAGCCCGACUGGACCCAGAACCGGCACUGGAUCCGGCAUCGGGAUCAGCCACCGGCCGAGCCACAGACGACAGCGGUUGUUCCCGGCUGCCACCUGCCCCGCGACGCCCGGACCAAAGCCGCACCCGGAGCUGAAGCUCCCGCGUUCGCCGCGGUCUUGGGAGCAGGAGCUCCGGAAGACCAGUGCCGGAGUGGAGGCGGUGACCACACGCUGUGGACUCACCCGCAGAAGCCCUUAGACUGUGUCGAGUUUUGGGGGAAAAAAGCCCUUUGGAUUGGCUGCUCUCGUGGCUUCUCCGGACUUUGUCGCUUGGGAAACCCAAAGUGAAAUGCAGUCGGCGUAGAUCCUUUUGGCUAUGCUCAAGACUUUCCCUUGUUCUAUGUAAAUGAACAUAAAAGAACUCCCGAGAUUAAACACUAGGUUUAGCUGUUGGAUUCUGAAACGCAACAACGGCUUACUCCCUUU